ACCUCCAAUUCUCCAGACAAAGGGCGCCUCCUUUUUCAAUUUCUGUUGGCUUCCUCGUCCUUCUUCUUCUCCCUUCCAGUGCUCAAGAUUGGCGAGCAGGAGACUCUUUGAUCCGAGCCGGCUUGGCGGGCUCCUGCCAUCUCCCGUGGCAAGUGGAGAAAAUUCUUUGUUUGGUUCUUGGAUAGAGUUGUCUUUUGCUAGCUGUUCUUCGCUGGACAUGUCAUCAUCACUGUAGUCCGCACAUGGGAGGUAUGGUUGAAGGUUAUGUUGGUCCAAGUGAACUUCACUUGAGGAAAGAAUUUACUGCUUUGAGGAAGGCACGCGUCUUGCAAGAUCCCGAAACUUGCUCAACGUGGAGAUCUCCUUUGAGUUCUAGAUCAUUGGUGGCAACUUCUAGCAUUGCACACAGAAGUGGUAUGCGAGAUAGUUUAGCACCAAAGCACGUCGAGUCACCUUCUGCACCACCAAAAAGUGGAAAAACAUGCAAAAAGGUUUAUUUGCACAAUUGGAGGCAGUAUUCUAACAAGUCCAGUGAAGCUGGAAUAAAGUUAGAUGAGCAAUUAUCUUCCGAGUUUAAUUUGGAAACCCCGUGCAACUCUAUUGGUAAGCGCUCCAAAAGUGGCGCAUGUUUGGUCACUCCAACCAGCAUUUACAAUAAUCAAAGCUCAGCAUCAUGUGUUCCUGUUAAAAGGACAGCUAGAAGAAGAAGGGGUUUGUCAUCAAAGAAUGGAAAAAUACAAAAUCCAGUUGUUUCAGAAUUGCUAGAUCUUCAUAUCAUCUCUGGUGAUCAAUGUGAGGAUACUGAAAAUUGUAUCUCCAAAAGUCAGGAGCUGUUUCAGGAUGGUGGUUCCUUUUAUCGCCCAACAUCUCCACCGUUUGCUGCAUGUGGAUGUGUCAGCUCUUCUAAUCCCUCUAAACCAAUGAAAAUCGGUAGAAGAGAUGGAUCUUCCUUUUCUUGCACCCCUGUUUCAACUAGCUCCUAUUACAAGCAUGGAAGAGGGAACAGCAGUACUGUUGGUUCAUGGACUGCUACUUCUUUUGAUGGUGAUGAGUCUAACCAAUCAGUAUUGUGGAGAAGUCAGAGGUCUCGUGUCCCGUGCCAGUCAUCAAAUAGGGGUAAACAUAAAGGAUCGAGACAAAGUAAUUAUUCUCCUUCACUAUCUGAUACACUUAGAAGAAAAGGUAGCAGCCUAUUGUGUGGGAGUCAGUCGUUGCAUAGGAAAAAGAGAUCAUCUGGUUCAACAAAAUGGGUCUGUUCGAAAAAAUCUGCGCAAGGGACGCCACUUUUGGGCGAUAGCUUUGAUCUUGGUUCUUCUUCAUUUGAUUCAUCAGGUGAUGAACUCUCAACCAAUAUUGGGGAGCUCGAUUUGGAAGCUUUGAGCCGAUUAGAUGGGAGAAGGUGGUCAAGUUGUAAAAGCCAGGAUGCAAUUGAUAUAGCUGUUCAUGCUGCUGAUCUUGCAACAUCAGACAGGAGAAGUUUGAGCCAGAAGUAUAGACCAAGGAAAUUCAGCGAAAUUGUCGGUCAAGAUAUUGUAGCGCAAUCACUUAGCAAUGCCAUUGCAAGGGAAAGGAUAGCUCCAGCGUAUCUUCUUCAAGGCCCUCGCGGAACUGGAAAAACAUCUGCUGCAAGGAUAUUUUCAGCAGCUCUAGGCUGCCUUGAUACUGGAGACAUAAAACCCUGUGGGGCUUGUAAAGAGUGCACUCAGUUUUUCAGUGGAAAUGGAACUAACCUAAUUGAAGUUGAUGCAAGCAAUAGGAAAAGUAUAAACAAAAUUAAGCAUUUACUGGAUAGAAUACCACCAUCUGCGACUGCAUCCCGUUAUAAGGUAUUUGUUGUUGAUGAAUGCCACAUGGUAUCUUCAAAAGUUUGGUCGGCAUUUAUGAAGUUUCUUGGUGAACCAUUACCUCGGGUUGUCUUCAUAUUUAUAACAAUUGACCCAAAUAACCUGCCUCGUGCUGUAAUUUCACGUUGUCAGAAAUACAUCUUCUCCAAGAUCAAAGAUAUUGAUAUUGUGUGCCGGUUGAGAAGAAUUUGCAUGAAGGAAAAUCUUGAUGUAGAAUUAGCAGCUUUAGAUUUGAUAGCUAUAAAUUCAGAUGGCUCACUGCGAGAUGCAGAGACAAUGUUAGAUCAACUGAGUCUGUUGGGGAAAAAGAUAACACCUUCUCUUGUUAAUGAUCUGGUCGGAGUUGUCUCGGAAGAGAAAUUGCUUGAUCUACUGGAGAUAGCUAUGUCGUCAGACACAGCUGAAACUGUCAAAAGGUCUAGAGAGCUCAUGGAUUCUGGCAUUGAUCCAAUCGCAUUAAUGUCUCAGUUAGCUGCGUGCAUCAUGGACAUCAUUGCAGGCACAUACAAAUUAGCUGUUUCUACUUGUAACGGCGUGGGGAUCGGUGGUCGAAGUUUAACUGAUGCAGAGUUGGAAAGAUUACAACAAGCAUUGAAGAUUCUAUCUGAUGCUGAAAAGCAGAUAAGGCUUUCAAGUGAGCGUUCGACAUGGUUCACCGCAGCUCUACUACAACUUGGUUGUGGCCAUAGUUCGGACAUGAGCCAACCAAGAAGCAGCACAAGAGAACAUCCUAAAGCAGCCAAUGACGCAGUGACCGAAGCAGGCAGAGAAUCGUCAUCCAGCAGGGUGACUUCUAACUCUCUAUCUGCCUUUGGUGUUUCAAAGAAAGCAAUUGACCCCAAAGCAAGUAGUGGGCAGUCUAGUCCUCAGGCCCUUGCCUCUUAUUCAUCUAGGUCGAGAGUAAACAACGUUUUGGCCUAUGGGGAAUGUAGGUCUGUUGAUAGAAUUCUACAGGAUUCGACUAAAAUGAAUAACUGUUCUGAAAAAAGGUCCCUAGCAAAUGAGAACUCAGAUAACCUUGCACAGAUUUGGAUACGAUGCAUCGAAAACUGUCACUCCAACACAUUGCAACAGCUACUUUUCGACCAUGGUAAACUAGUAUCAAUCAGGCAAUGUGAAGGUCGGACAAUUGCUUUUAUAGCAUUUGAGGAUCAUGGCAUAAUGUCCCGAGCACAAAGAUUUUUGAGCAGCAUUACAAAUUCAAUUGAGACAGUUCUGAGGUGCAAUGUGGAAGCCCGAGUGGGUCUACUACCUGAACUGAUAUCGGCGGGACUAACAUCAGGGGCUGUCCCUAAAGGAAGAAGAACCGAGUCUGAUCUCCUGAGUUGUUCUUCAAACAGUGACCGGCUAAGGGGAGCGUUGAACACGUCAAGGAGAAGUUUAGAUUACUGUGAUGAAGUAAAGAGAGAACUAGGGUUGCACCCAUCUUCCAUUUCUUCUUUAAAUUCAGGAAUAUCUAAAGCUAGAGGACUGGAAUUUCCCUCACAGAUGUCAAAUAUAUCAAUGGUUGAUGAGCAAAGGUUAGAGAGUGCUUGGCUCCAGGCUGUUGAAAAAUAUACACCUGGUAUGAAAAAUCAAGCAAGACCUGAUAGACAUCAGGUUUUACCACAAGUUGUUGGCAGCCCAUACCAAAGGAGGUCCCCAAUGACCCUAGUUGUGCCCUCAAGUCAAUCCGAUGAGGAUCUUGCUCACGAGAUAAAAGCUCUUAAGAUAGUUGAGAGUUAUGGUUCUCGGAAAGAUUGCCGGGAACAAAGCAAAACUGGAUAUGCUAUUUCACCAAGCAAGUUGCAUGGUAUUGAUUACUUGGAAAAUUGUGACAAUGAGAGCAUUUGCUCCGAACCUGGAAGACCUGGUUGCCAUGGCCUUUUCCGCUGUUGGAAAACUCAAAAGUCAAGAGAAUAGAGGCGAAAGGGCAGAUGCGUGUGAAAUCUUCGUAUUCUGGCAGAGAACGCAGGUCCUGUGAUAUAGCGAGCCCUGGCCCCGGAAAUGGAAGAUGCUUCUCAAAUGUUCAUGAACUGCAAAGUGACCAUAU